GCAGAAUAUCUAAAUUUGUUCUGUAAUUCACUACAACAGAAGUUCGUUGCAGUAGCAAUAUAUAGAGCAUAUAUAAACGACAGCAGAAAACCUUCCACAGCAAAUUCCAAAUGGCAACAUCUCCCACAUACCAACACUACCACUCGCGACAACAACGGCAGCAACCAGAUAACGUAAAACAAGAAAACAAUCACAGCCAACACCAACAGCAACAACCACAGCGAAGUCUCUGCGACUUUUGCAACCAAUCCAUAGCUCUGCUCUACUGUCGGGCCGAUUCAGCAAAGCUCUGCUUCGCCUGCGACCGCCACGUCCACGCCACGAACCGGCUAUUCUCGAAGCACCUCCGCUCCCAUCUCUGCGAUGUCUGCGAUUCCCGGCCCGCCUCCAUUCGUUGCUCUACUCACGACCUCUUCCUCUGCCACAACUGCGAUUGGGACGCCCACGACGGCCGCCGAUCGCCUGGGGCCCACCACGACCGCCGCCCGCUCGAGGGGUUCUCUGGGUGCCCGUCGGCUUUCGAGUUCUGUUCGGUUCUUGGGUUUGAAGAUAAGUCUCUGUUGGAAUCUGAUGAGGGAAGGGAUUUGGCGGCGACGGUUGAUGGGUUCUUGGAUUCUUGGGUGUGGGAGACGCCGCCGAUUGUUAGCCUUGAUGAUUUGGUUGUUUCCACAACGAAUGAUUCUUGUCAUAAUUUCCAAGCUGUUGGGUUUCCGCCUCCGCCCAAGCACCGAAACGUAGCUUGUGGGAAACACAAGGAUGAGAUUCUUGGUCAGCUUCGUCAUCUGGUUAAGUCGGAAACCAAUUUGAAUAAUGAUCAUGGGGAGGUCGAACCGCUACAAGGAUUUCAGUGCGUGGUCCCAGAUCAGAAUCUUCAGCAGCAGGAUAUGGGUACAGAUGUCAAACAUGAUCCAGUGCCAAUUGCUGUACCUAGUUCUGAGGCAAGUACACUCCAAUGGCAGGGAUACGGCUCUGAGGAGAUUGCUCGAGUGCCUUCUUAUAAAGGCUUGUUAGAAAGCUCCAUUGAGGAAACUUCAUUGGUUCUUGAAGGAACUACCAGUGCCAAAGGCAAUGGAAAUCAAGCCAAUGAUAACAAGAUAGCCCAACAUCAUCCCUUUAUUACAGAAACUGCAAUAUUACUGCCCAAAAGCACACUCGAGGUGCCAGGCCAAGACAGAGACACCGUGAUCUCACGGUACAAGGAGAAAAAGAAGACAAGGAGAUAUGAUAAGCACAUCCGCUAUGAAUCGAGGAAGGCUAGAGCAGAUAGCAGGACGAGGAUAAAGGGCCGUUUUGCGAAGGUGAAUCAAGAUCAAAAUGUCCGCUCCGUCCCUCGCCAGGUUUGAAUACAUUCAUUCCUCAGCACGUUAUAUAUAUUGUUUGUAUGAUAAUCACAUGACUCUUAUAAAAGAAAAUUGGGAUUUGAUCCCAUAAAAAUAUGAUAGGCUGUGAUUUAAUCCAAGUUGUUUAGUCUAUUAGCUUUAGAUUGUUUUUUUUUUUUUUUCUUCUUAUUUUCUUUUAUUUUUAUUUCCACGUAUGGAUGUCAAUAGAGUCUCUUAGUUGUAUGUGUUCAUGUUUUUGAAUAUGUGAUGAUCAGAUGUGAAAUUGGAAAAUUUCCCAAAUAUUUUAUGGAAAGAACAAUGAUCUCAUAGUUGUA